ACAAAAACAAACCCAGUACAAAAAUUAACAGAGUUCUCUUCUCAAAUUCAAGAAAAUGGGAAUGUCGAAAUCAAAAGGGAACACACACAACAUCUUCCUUCUCUGCAACUACAUCCUCUUAGGCUCAGCCUCAAGCUGCAUUUUCCUCACAAUCUCCCUCCGUCUCUUCCCAUCUCUCUCCGGUCUCUCCCUCAUCUUCCUCCACACUCUCACAAUCGCAACCGCGGUCUCCGGCUGCUCUAUCUUCGCCUCCUCAACAUCCGCCACCGCGAGCGAUAGAUUAUACGGUUUACACAUGGUAGCCACAGUCCUCACGGCGAUUUUCCAAGGCGCGGUCUCGGUUCUGAUAUUCACGAGAACAGGGGAUUUCCUUAGGUUCUUGAGAUCGUAUGUUCGGGAAGAAGACGGUGCAGUGAUACUUAAACUCGCUGGUGGUUUGUGUGUGUUGAUGUUUUGCUUAGAGUGGAUUGUUCUUGUGUUAGCGUUUUUGUUGAAGUAUAGUGAUUAUUUGGAUGAGAGUGUUGUAGAUGAUGAUGAUUUUAAGUUCUCAAAACACUUUGGAGCUUAUCUCUUGACUCUUCCUAUAUCAGUUGCAUCUGCUGUUUCACCGGUCUCUUCUUCUUCUCUCUUACCAAACUCAAAACCUAUCUUCUGUCUCAAAACCCUCUCCGGUUAUCGUUCUUCUUCUCUCUGCGGCGGCUCCAUUCGUAAAAUCAACCAUAAGCCUCUUCGAAUGACUAGUUCCAAUAUGACUCCAAGAGCUAUGGCCACGCAACAGCUUGAGAACGCUGAUCAGCUCAUUGAUUCUGUUGAAACUUUUAUCUUUGAUUGUGAUGGUGUAAUCUGGAAGGGAGAUAAAUUGAUUGAAGGAGUUCCUGAAACUCUUGAUAUGCUUCGUGCCAAGGGAAAGAGGUUGGUUUUUGUCACAAACAACUCAACAAAGUCUAGGAAACAGUAUGGAAAGAAGUUUGAGACUCUUGGUCUGAAUGUUAACGAGGAGGAGAUAUUUGCUUCUUCUUUUGCUGCAGCUGCAUACUUGCAGUCUAUUAAUUUCCCAAAAGAUAAGAAGGUGUACGUGAUUGGUGAGGAAGGUAUCUUGAAAGAGCUCGAGCUUGCUGGUUUUCAAUACCUUGGAGGUCCGGAUGAUGGUAAAAGACAGAUUGAAUUGAAGCCAGGAUUUCUAAUGGAGCAUGAACAUGAUGUGGGAGCUGUUGUGGUUGGAUUUGAUCGCUAUUUCAACUACUACAAAAUUCAGUAUGGAACACUAUGUAUUCGCGAAAACCCAGGGUGUCUUUUCAUUGCUACAAACCGAGAUGCAGUCACUCACCUUACCGAUGCUCAAGAAUGGGCAGGUGGUGGCUCUAUGGUUGGUGCUCUUGUUGGAUCCACUCAACGUGAACCUCUUGUUGUUGGAAAACCCUCAACUUUUAUGAUGGACUAUUUAGCAGACAAAUUUGGAAUCCAAAAGUCACAGAUAUGCAUGGUGGGUGAUAGAUUGGACACUGAUAUUUUAUUCGGGCAGAAUGGCGGAUGUAAAACUCUGCUCGUCCUCUCGGGUGUUACUUCAAUCUCAAUGUUGGAAAGCCCUGAGAACAAGAUACAACCAGAUUUCUACACCAGCAAGAUCUCCGAUUUUCUCUCCCCGAAAGCAGCAACUGUAUAAUCAAUGCCUUUGUGUGCAUCGCAAAUUAGCGAGCCAAUGAGUAUUGUUUAGGAAGAGUUUACAGAAUUGAAACAAGCUCUAAUCUGUAAGAGUAAGACUCUUUUUAUUGACUUUAAAUUAUUCGUUUGUGGUUAUGUACAUAAACAAGAAAAUGGCUAUGCAUAACACAUUACAUAAUCAUGGUAACAUUUUUAAUAAACAUUCUUUCGCAAU